AUGAUAGAUCCUAAGACUCAUGUACGGCUACCACGUAGAUCAAAAAGGUCAUCGAGUCGAGUCUACCCUGGCUCUGAUGAGGAGUUGAAAGUCUCCCACCCAGAGGCAUGUCGAUGCGAACACUGUCUGAUUAAGAAUCGUCCCAAAUGGACCGACGAAGACAAUUUGCGAGCCUCAGCGAUGCAUCGACAGGUGGACGCUGCCAUCGAGAAAAAUUUCGAUGAAGCCUUAGCCGACCUAGAGGAUUUUGUACGUCUGAAAUCAGUCUCUGCGGAUGUGGAGUGUAUUACCGAAAGUCUGAAGGCCAUGUGCAUGUAUCGGGACCGUCUGGAGAGGAUGAGAUUCACUAUCUAUGAGUACAACAUCAACAUUCCCCGUGCUAUUUGUGACACCUCACCUCAUCCAAAAGUCAUUUUCGCCCACUACUUUUCUUCACCCACGAAGAACACAGUUCUGGUCUACGCGUACCUAGACGUUGCUCCGGCGAAGUUUGAGGAUGGCUGGCUCUCCGAGCCCUUUGAGUUUUACAUGAACGACGACAUGCUGUACGGGCGCGGAGUCUCCACCGGAAAGGGCAUGGCAGUGUGCUGGCUACAGGCCAUCGAGACCUGGUUGGAACAGCACGGCGAUCUUCCGAUAAAUAUCAAAUUCAUUGUGGAGAUCAUGCACGCAGUGGGCAGUGUCGGGCUCCAGCAUUAUAUAGAAGUGAAGAGAGAGUUCUUUCAGGACGUUGAUUGUAUUGUGUUCGGUAACAACUCCUGGAUAAACGACGAGAGGCCACUGAUGAGCUGCAGCCUGACCGGCUGGGCUCACUUCGGCCUGGAGAUGCGUGGCGGAGCGAAAAGCAUUGAAGGGGCAUCGGGAGGGCUCGUAUAUGAGCCAAUGACGGAUGUGUGCACUCUGAUGAACAGCCUUGUCGACAAUCUGCAUGUGAUUCAGAUACCCGCGAUCCAAAACAUGGUGAGACCCACUGCCGUAACGGAGUGGACCCUUCUCGAGUCGGCGAUUUUCAGUGAAUAUGCCUACAAAGACCAGUUCGGCAUCAGGCGCCUCAGAUAUGAACUGACGAAGGCAGAGCUGCUGCAUAAUCGCUGGUGCCAGGGCACCAUGACUAUGCACGGAAUCGAGGGCUCUUUCAGCCGGAAGGGUUCAUGUACGGCGCUGCCAAUGUCUGUGAUGGGCAAGUUUUCCAUUAAACUUCUUCCCGAUCAAAUGGUAAGCCUUGUCCAGACCCACGUCGAAGAGUUUCUGCAUACGCAGUACGAAGAUCUAAAGAUUCGGACCACCCUUAAGAUCCAUCUGUUGGAUGCGUGUGAUCCUUAUUCGUGGGGCAUCGAUGCCAGAUACAGUAAGGCCCUCGUUCGAUCCAUCAGCCGUGUCUACCAAGUGGAGCCAGAUCUAUCGAUGAACAUUGUGACCUGCCUUCCGAUCGCCAGCACUUUCCAUAAGAUUACCGGCAAGCCCAUCAUCCUGAUACCCUAUGCCCAGCGCAUGGACUACUCUCACGUGGUCAACGAGUCCAUCCCCAAACAGUGUUUCCUUCGCAAUAUCAAAGUUUGCACGGGACUGAUACUUGAGAUGUCGCUGCUGCCAGCACGGUGCAAGUGCGAUGUCAUUUUCGAGUACUGCAAUCGGAGAGGCAUAGCGGAGAUGCUAAAGCCGCCCGUGCAAUCUUCGCAGAAACACAGUGUAUUUUCCCAUAUGAGAAGGACCAAAUCCAUGAAACCUCUGAACAAGCAUCCAGAGGAGCACGAAACAAAUAAACGGAAAAGGUUGAAGGAUUGGCUGUGUGCCCCCUUUAGGCGCCAUAGGAACAAUCACUACAUUUUCUCCCCAAAGUAA